ACUACACCUACUGUGCACUCAUCACGUUCCCACUCCACGUUCCCACAUAACCGGUCCAGCCACUGCAGAAUGACAGCAGUUUUCUUUCUGAUGCUCAUUGUCUGCUUCAGACUUCAGUGUCGGCUGUGAACAGACACAAGAAUGGGUUUCCUAGGAGGACAAAUAACUGUUAACAAUUGUACACCCUUCAAAUGGACCGUCUGCAUCGAGACCCAGACACCAUGGCUAUUUCCUGACAGAUACAUGACACUUGAUAUUGAACCUAACAAAGAAACCCAGCAAUACCAGAGAGAUUUAAUCAAAUGGGGCAAAGCCAUCUACUUGAGAGUGAAAUAUGGGCAGUGUUCAGAGACAGAGUGCCACAAAGAUCCAGAUUUGUGGUAUUUAUUCAAUCCAAGAGAUGACCCCUGUUUCACAAUUCGAGAGAGUGGAGACCACUGGUACAUACAUCUGGACUGCAAUGUAAAUUACGAGGAGAAGAAAUCUACGUGCCCAAAUUAUGGGAAAAUUAAAGAUGAUGCACGAGAGGAAGAGCAAAGACGUAGACGAGAUGAAGAGCAGAGGCGACAGGCCCAGCUUGAACGUGAAAGAAGAAUUGAGGAACAGAUUAAAAGGGAAAGUGAACUUGCUGCUAAGAAACUUUCGCAGGCCACAGAGACGCUGAAGCAGAAAGAGAGGCUGAGAGGCCAUGAGCUCCAUCACCAAACUUAUAUCAUGCAACAGCCUCUGGACACUGAAAUUGAAGAAGAUGAGGUUACAGAUACAGAGAAGAAAUUCAUGGAACUAUUGCUAGAAUUUCAAGCCAUUGAUGAGGAAGACCCAGAGGAGACAUUAGCAGGCAGGAUGAAAACCCUGCAAAAUGAGUUAAUGGUGGAGUACUGUAAGAAACACAACCUGUCCAGUAGCUGUGUGUUUUCUUUCGACACUUCAGUUGGUUAUGAGACUCUGCCUCUACAAGAUAGACUGACAGUGCUUGAGGCAGUAAUGUAUUUAUUUUUCGAGGAGGAUGAAAAUGACCACAAACAUAAACAUGACCGGGAUUUCCUCUUGGAUGUGCUCGAACUGUUUCAAGACGAUCAUCCGUCACUUGCCUUUAAUCUUUUACAGAGCGUUCUUCAAACUGAUAUUCAACUUUCUACACAGAGUAAAGACAUUCUGUGUCGGAUUGCGUUCAACAACACAUGGAAACUGCCAGAAAUAACAGAUUUCAUGCGUUAUGUUGUCGAGAAAGACAAAGAUCAAGUGCAGGCAAUACUUCACAUUGCACAGACCUACAAGCUGGAGUAUGAGAUUGUUCUCCAUGCUUUAGAUUCACCUGAUCCACCCAGACGGCUGAAAUGGCAUGUUGACACAGAGACAGACAAAAAUGCUAAUACUAUUAUUAGUGAAAUGCGCAACUCAAACUACCCUGAGAAUGUCCUGACAAUACUAGAGGAUGUUCUGCUAUAUCUGGAAAUGGAGCUUCCAAAACACAAAAGAACUGAUCUCCAUAAAAAUGAAAUCCAGCAUGUAAAGAAAAUGGUUAAAGAACUGGAUUUUACCAAUCCAGACAGACAAGUUCUCAAAAGUGUACUAGUGCAAAUGUCAGUCGCAGUAAAAAUGUGCUCUGCUCUCACUAUUCAAAGGGGUAAAGAGGAAAUAGUCAUUGAAGGAUAUCUUCCCAGAUUAACUCAGCUUGCAGCCUUGAUGGUUUUCUUGCUUCCAAAAUCAGAAACCAAUACAGGUUGUCUUCUUGAAAUUGGAACAGGUGAAGGGAAAUCUUGUAUCUUAGCCAUGCUUACUGUGAUCCAUGCCAUUCGUGGUGUAAAGGUGGACAUUGUGACAAGCUCUCCAGUCCUCGCUCGCCGUGAUUUAGAGGAAUGGAGCAAACUUUACAACAUGUUCGACAUAACGUCAUCUGCUGUUCCUCCAAUGCUGAAUGAUGUCUCAUCUGAAGAACAAGAUGAUCUGACUCAGGAAGCAUACAAACAAGAUGUAGUGUACAGUACUGUUGGAACAUUUGCAGCAGAUACACUGAAACAAGAGUUUGAGAAGAAAACAUCUCGUGGAGACAGGAAGUUCGAGUUGGUCCUUGUGGAUGAGGUUGACUACAUGACUUUAGAUAAUGGAGUUCAAAUAACAUUUCUGUCCCAUGAGUCCAGUGGCCUCCAGCAUUUGGAGCAAGUCCUAGCCAGCAUCUGGGCCAUUAUAUCUGCAUGUCGACCAAUUGAGGUAGAAGAAACUGGAGAGACCAUGUGGACAACAAGAGUCCAGAAUUUUCACACAGCUGCCCUGAUAGCAAUGAUUGGUUCAGAUACAAAUGAUACAUUUUCACCACUGGAAAUUUUGUUGCCAGGUAUUGAAUUAGGCUUUUACUCAGAGGAAGAUUUUGAAAAUUUGAAGGUCUCUAUUAAUGAAGAAGGAGAAAAGGAGCAUGGAGCCAUUGAAAAUGAGGCAUGGAAGACCAUCAUGGCCAAAACAGGAAUAGAACAACAAUAUGACCUGCUCAGUGUUCUUGAGAUGGGGAUGGAGCACAAGGUGGCAUUUAACUGUUAUAUUUAUCAGUCAGAAACUAGAAUAGCCUUUCAAUUUGGAGAGCAAAAGACAAAAACUGACCAAAACAUCAACAUGCUGCUACUUGAGAAUGGAAAAUCUUGUGAGAUCUUGUCUGAAAAUUUGCUCAUUGAAGCCACCAUUAGUGAGGUGAAAUCCAAGAUUAAAUACUCUAAACAAUGCAGUUCAGAAAAAGACAAAGAGUCUCUUGUAAUCCCUUCUUUCUUGGAGAAAUACCUGGAAAAUCAGCUGCCACUGUUUGUUGAGAAUGCACUGAAGGCCAUUCAGAUGACCAAAGGCAGAGAGUACAUGAUUGAGAGAUCUCUUAGUGCUCAGGGAAUAGAUGUUGAUGAAGAUGGUGAACACAUGUACCAUGCAAUAAUCCCAGUGGACUUUCAGGCCAGUGGAAUGCUGGAGAAAAGAAAACGGUGGGGUGAUGGACUACAACAAUUUCUGGAGAUGAAGCAUCAGUUAACAUUAUCUCCAUUAUCAAAUGUGACAAACUACAUGUCAAAUUCAAAUUUCUUCAAAAGAUAUCUCAGAGGGAAAGGGAUAUUUGGUGUUUCUGGAACACUAGGGGGAGAUGCAGACAAGGGUUUCCUGGCAAGGCAUUACAAAACAGACAGCUAUGUCAUACCAGCUCAUCAACGUCAAAAGGUUACUGAGCUGCCUGCAGUCCAGGUGAGAGGAGGUACGGAACAAUGGAUCCAAACUAUUUGUGCCACGGUCACAAGAGUCUCUAAACGAGGACAGGUGGUGUUAGUCGUGUGUGAGGACGUCAACACAGCAAAUGCGCUCAAUAACGAAAUUGCAGCAGAAACCAAACAUUUAGUUACCAUGUACACGAUGAGUGAGAGCCACAACAUUGAGAACCAGGAGUUCAACAAGGGACAGAUCAUUAUUACCACUAACCUUGGAGGACGUGGGACAGACAUUAAGGUCACAGAGGAGGUAAAUCGCUGUGGCGGUCUCUUUGUGCUACUCACGUACUUCCCCAAUAACCGAAGGGUUGAGAAACAAGUCUUUGGACGAACAGGUCGAAAAGGAACCCCGGGAAUGGUCCAGGUAAUACUGAACCAUGAUCGUCUAGCCAUGGCCUACCGAGGCCAUUCUAUUAAAGUCAUGAGGGAACUCAGAGAAGAAUAUGAAAUUAAUAGAAUAAAAGACAUGGAGAAGGAGAAACUAGCUGAAAUUGAGAUGAAAGAAGAGCUGUUCUCUACAUUUUGUCAGUUCCUUACUGACUUUGACAGGCAUUAUAGUACAAGAGAGAAAACAGACCUGUUUGAAGUGAAAGUAAAAGAUGUCCCUUGUUACUUUGAGUCCUUUCACAGUAAGAUGGACUACCAUCCAGCACUGAAUGCUUUAAAGGAAUCAUGGGGUAUAUGGCUAAUACUUCACACAGACCAGAUUAACGUACACAAUGACCUUACAGAACUGAAAGAAAACCUCAUCCAACACUUGCAGGACAAAAGUUGUAAACUUUUACAAGGUCACAGUGAAAACCUUUAUGACCACAUACAGCAGGCUUUAGGAAGAACUGCCUUGCACCUUCAAAACAAAAACAGAUGUGACUAUGGAGCAAAAACCUACUGGAAAAAAGUCUCUGAAUCAGACAAUUACUUUAGAGCUGUUGCACUGUAUAAUCAGGCCUACAUUACCAUUAACAUGGCCGAAAAGGACUACAAAAGUGAGGCAUGUUCCUUACUCAAGGAGGCAGUGAAAGCCAUAGAUGUUUAUGUAUCAGAAACAGCCAACACACUGAGCUUCUGCUGCUUGUCUUUUAUUCAAGAUUUUGAACCACACCACAGUGGCAGCUGUAACUUCCAAACACAAAUGCAGGCAAGGAUGAACAUAUUUAACUCAUGGAAACAAAAUAUCAGAAAAAUAUAUGAUCUGCUUGUAUCUGGAAAAGAAGACUUCAAAACCACGGAGCUGACACUUUACAGCUUAUCAAGUGAGGAGGAUUUUGUGUCUUCUAGUGAACUCGGUCUCUUUCGUAAUUAUGGCCUUGCUGUUGUGUUUGAGGUGAAACAAAAGCCCAAAUUCUCAUAUGAUGCCCUGAUUUGUUGUUUUCUUGGUGUGCUUCAGGUUGUAGCAGGAGUUCUGAUAUUUGAACUGUCAGCUGGUUCCAUGUCCUCAUUUGGUCCUGGUUUGAUCUCAGAAGGCAUGUCUGACAUGAUCAGUGGUGUUAUGGGCAUGAUAAAUGGCAAUUUCGAUUGGGCAUCAUGGGCGAUGUCUAAAGCAAUUAAUAUACAAAAUUCUUUGUCCUGUGGUGGAUUUAGUGUACUCAAAAGAUCAUCCUCCUCUGUGAUGAAUGCAGCAAAUAGUAUUUUCAAUGGCAGCAAAUCGCUAAAAAAUAUUGCAUACCAUUCAGGAAAAAAGCUAUUUACCCCCCCAUCAGUCAAAUCAUUAGCAUCAUCAUUUUGCAUAAAUAACAUCACAUUGAAGACGGCCAAACUGAACUUAAAAAAAGCAAGUGUGUAUGCUGUUAACCAACUGGUUAGUCACGGAGUAAACACUGCUUUAAACAACAUUGAUGCUAAAUCUUUCAAACAAGAAUUUCAAUUUACUUUCAAGAAAUCUAUCUGUUCAGCACUGCAACAGAAUGAACAAUUUGGCCGAAUGCUCUUAGAUUUCAUCAGCUCAGGAAUCCCAAAGACAGCCUUAAAUAAAGAGUCUGGCUACAAGAUUAGCAACACCUUAGAGAAGCAAAUUAUUGACUAUGUUGAUCGGAAUACCAGACUUACCAUCAAAGGCCUUAUAAUAAAUUGUAACCAAAUAAAAAACACCAUUAAGAAACUGUCAAAUGUGUGGGACAAAUCAGCAGAGUUUGUUGCACGCGAACCUUAUACCUGCAUCAAGAGACUUCUGAGUGCUGCACGCAUGUCCACCACCAUUUAUGAAAUGUACUCCUCCAUUCCUACUAAAAAGACCAUUGACAGUAAUUUUGUUCCUGCAUUUUUGAAGUCUAUUAAUGAGGAUCCAUUAUUUGAGAAAUAUGACAAUGAUGGAAGGGACAAACUGGAAGAUGUGAAACGUCUUAAAGAUGAACUCAUUGACGUAAUUUCAGAAGUUCUUUCCCAAACCAUGGUGGAGAGUUUUUGUGGUAUUGCCACAUCAAUUUUUACAAAAACAUUCACUCAGCGACUAAACUCUGUUAGUGGAACUGUACUUGGCAAUUUGAAGCACAAAACUCAAAGUUUCGUGACUCAGCAGCAUCAUCAUGUUCCGAAAUCAGCUCCUGAAUGCAAGAAAAAAUCUAGAACUAAAGAAGAACUAACUGAGCUCACAAGUUAUGCUAAUAAUAUAGCUGAUGUUCAAAAGCCAGCAACAGAUUUAGAAGUCCACAUCCUCACAAAGAGUAACUUGUUGGAAGGAAAAGGAAUCUGUAUAACUGUAGUGGAUGCUCAAGGACUCCAUUCAGAGAAGACUUUCCCAGGGACUGACCCAGCAGCUGGUACUAUCAAACUCUUACUUAAAAGAACACCUCUGACUUCUCAAGGGAAUGAAGGAAUGUUGAAUAAACAGACAGGUUACAUUAAUGUUGAAGAUGUUCCACAGAGUGAUCACACUGAUAUUGUACUCCCUGAUGGAUCACGACAAACUUGUCUUUUUCAUGCUCUCAUCCAAGCAAAAACUCAUGCCCCGAGCAAUGUUAUGAAACAAAAAGUUAAGGAGCUCCGUAGGAAAGUCAGUGAGGAGGUUCUUUUAAAACCAAGCAAAUAUGUAGAUGCUGUGAAGAUCCAGAACAUGUUUAACAUGACAAAUAGAUUGAAUAAGUUUAAAAUACAAAAUGGAGUGCGAGAAUGUGAUAUGGAGCAGUACGUCAAGUACACUAAAAACAAGACACCAAAACAAAUUAUUAAUGAGUACGAACUUGGAAAAGUGGGCGACCACAAAUGCCUUUUAGCCAUGGAGAAGCCCACAGCAGGAGUGGAGGCACAGCACAUUCCACCAAAAAUCACGUGGAUUGCAGUCCUUCACCUCAUGAAAACAAACCCAGAGAUUUCUAUAUCAUUAGAGCAAAAAAACGAAGAAGCUUUUUACUUAGUGAAGAAAAUGAAACAUGACCCAGAUGGAAAACAGCAGCUCUGCAUGAACACGCUGUACACGGAUCACCGCCGUGCUCUGAGCAGCUGCAACACUGCAGUAUCCAGAGCAUGCAGACAUUUCCUGACAAGCACCUUUUCAAGCGGAGAUACAGAGAAAGCUCUGAAGCUCUCCUUAAUGAUGGCCCAUCCUCAAUGCUCGGACAACAUCCGGAAUCAUCUUGGUAUCCGUCAACAUUUCAGGACAUGCGAUUUAGGACUUCCAGUGACAGACAGGAACGAGUACUACAAGAAAGGAUUUAAAGAUGUAGUGAAAAAAUACAGCAAAUGGGAUCUCAUCAACCAAGAACAAACCAUCCGACUACUGCAGUGGGUCAACAAAGACCUAUUUCUGGACACAUCUACUGUGGAGUAUAAAGAAAUAAUUAAUGCUAUAAAAGAUGUGAAAAAGAAAAGAAGAGAAUCUCUGAGCAGACAGAAAUGAGUACUUACCCAUAAUUCAUAUUGUUCCACAUGUGACUGAGGGAAUGAUAAGCUUAAAUCUCUUACGUUAGGUGACGAUGGUUGUUCAGGUUUUAGGUUUAGAUUUGGAGGACAUGAAGCUAGUGGCAUCUGAUUAAAAUUUUGUAAAACUUUUUUAUUUUUUAGAAAUAUAUUUGCACUUUAGGUGAAUUAUACCCGGAACGUGUUGAUGAUAAACCACAUGUGUGAUAGUUAACUUUUUCUUGCUUUUUAAAGGCUGUGAAGGAGCAGGUCAUGGGUUGGACAUUUUGAACAAAUAUGCUCCUUAGAGUCUGAAUGAGGGUGGCAUUGAUUCUGAGUGAACUGAGUGUAAUUUUGGUUUGUGAACGGAAUAAAUGAACCAGGUGAAUGAGCGAGGAUCUGCUGACUCACUGAUUUCAGCUUGGCUGAUAUAUGCAUGGUGCUAGAAAGAUCUUUCUGGAAAAUAAACUCACCAAACCUUCUCCUUGUGGAUUUGACGUGCCCACUAAAAUGCCUCUGUCGAAAUCUUCAUUUUUAAAUGAAUGUAUUGAGUGAAUGAAAUAUCUUCAAAAUAUCAUAAUAUAGAGGAACCUCGGCAUAUGAAUGCCCUCCCUUACAAAUUUUUACCUUAAGAACCAAGAGUUGUAAUAAUAAUAAUUUUCAUCAUACAAACAAACCAAACCUAACGCCAGCUAACGUACGUCCAGGAGCCUACUUGUUUGCAUCAGUGGAAAGCCAAGCGAAGCCAAUCAAAAGUGAGUUUAUGAAUUUUUUUUCAGUCAGCGAAAGCAGCUUCGAAAGAGUCAACCCAUGAUAACACCGUUGCCCUCAGCAUGCACUCAAAAGCUAGGUGAUUUUUCCGGCAUUUUUUUGUUGACAGAUUGGUGGUGUGGGCGGUCUAUUCUUUUUUUUAGCCCAAGCUUGGUGGCACAACUUCCUGUGAGGAGCCUUGACAUGGAAUGCCUAGCUUGGGUCAGUUCUUUGUAAGCAGCCAAACAGUUUACAUACGCUUCGUAUUGGCAAUAUUGGUCGUAUUUGUGGGAGCUGGAAUGGAUUAUCUGCAUUUACAUUAUUUCUUAUGGGAAAAUUUGUUUCGCAAUACAAAUUUUCACCUUAAGAACUCGCCUCCAGAACCAUUUAAAUUUAUAUGGCGAGGUUCCACUAAAAGAUACUCACUGUCGCCACCUGCUGGUUUAAUGAUGGAAUGAAUCAGUGAACAGAAUAAAAAGACUCGACUCACUGGAAAUGACCACAGACAAAUAAAACAAACCUGGAUGAAUUUAUUUCAGUGCAAUUUUCAUUAGCAUCUUUGUGAAUUUUUACUCCAUUCACACCAGAAAUAGGUUCCGGUAGGAGGCGUGGCCUAGACUUAAUUCCAAAGUUUCCCCACAAAUUUUCAAACAUGCCUCUUUAAAAACAAUUCUUUUACUAUUACAAGUUGUAUUCAGUAUGAUAUUAGUGAUUAAAAAAUCCUUUAUGAUGAGAACAAUAUGCUUCCUCAUUUAUUUCUCUAUCCUGUUAUCUAUUCCUCCUCACUUACCUGUGUCAUAUCUCUCCUUCUAUCCUUCACAAGCUGCUGAAAAGUAAAGGAAAGUUCAUAUGUGUAUUCAAAUAUGUAUAUAAAACA